AGGAAAGGAGCCCCGGCCAGCAGGGUCUCUGGUAGUGGGAGCACCACCUCCGCACAGGCUGUCUCUCCCCCCCCGCGUCUCGAGGAGGUGUUGCCCGCACGGCGUCCGCUGCAGAUCGUUUUUCUUUCUACAGGCUGAGGGGGACGUGAGACGUCCGAACAGAGGCGGCAAGAUGACAGCUGUCGAAACCCACAUGACGUACAGCAACUCCUACACGAUCGAGAAUGAGCAAGUGUACAUGACCCAGGAGGACGACUGGGACCGGGACCUGCUGCUGGACCCGGCCUGGGAGAAGCAGCAGAGGAAGACCUUCACAGCUUGGUGUAACUCCCACCUGAGGAAGGCCGGGACACAGAUCGAGAACAUUGAAGAGGAUUUCAGGAAUGGCCUCAAACUCAUGCUGCUGCUGGAGGUCAUAUCAGGCGAGCGGCUGCCCAAACCCGACAAGGGCAAGAUGCGUUUCCAUAAGAUCGCCAACGUGAACAAGGCCCUGGACUUCAUCUGCAGCAAGGGAGUGAAGCUGGUGUCCAUCGGGGCUGAGGAAAUCGUGGACGGUAAUGGGAAGAUGACCCUGGGUAUGAUCUGGACCAUCAUCCUGCGCUUUGCCAUCCAGGACAUCUCCGUGGAAGAGACCUCUGCCAAGGAGGGCCUGCUGCUGUGGUGCCAGAGGAAGACUGCCCCCUACAGGAACGUCAACGUGCAGAACUUCCACAUCAGUUGGAAGGAUGGCCUGGCUCUGUGCGCCCUCAUCCACAGACACAGACCCGACCUCAUCGACUACUCCAAACUGAGAAAGGACGACCCCAUUGGAAACCUGAACACCGCCUUCGAGGUGGCUGAGAAGUUCCUGGACAUCCCCAAGAUGCUGGACGCUGAAGAUAUUGUGAACACACCCAAACCCGAUGAGAAGGCCAUCAUGACCUACGUGUCCUGCUUCUACCACGCCUUCGCUGGAGCUGAGCAGGCUGAGACCGCCGCCAACCGCAUCUGCAAAGUUCUGGCCGUGAACCAGGAGAACGAGAAGCUGAUGGAGGAGUACGAGAAGCUGGCGAGUGAGCUGCUGGAGUGGAUCCGCCGCACCAUCCCCUGGCUGGAGAACCGCCUGACGGAGCAGACCAUGCGCGCCAUGCAGCAGAAGCUGGAGGACUUCCGGGACUACCGCCGCAUCCACAAGCCGCCUCGCGUGCAGGAGAAGUGUCAGCUGGAGAUCAACUUCAACACCCUGCAGACCAAGCUGCGGCUCAGCAACCGGCCCGCCUUCAUGCCCUCCGAGGGCAAGAUGGUGUCGGACAUCGCCAACGCCUGGAAGGGUCUGGAGCAGGUGGAGAAGGGCUACGAGGAGUGGCUGCUGACGGAGAUCCGGCGCCUGGAGAGACUCGACCACCUGGCGGAGAAGUUCAAGCAGAAGUGUGCGAUGCACGAGUCCUGGACCGGAGGUAAGGAGGACCUGUUGUCCCAGAAGGAUUACGAGUCAGCUUCUCUGAUGGAGAUCCGAGCCCUCAUGAGGAAGCACGAGGCCUUCGAGAGCGACCUCGCCGCUCACCAGGACCGAGUGGAGCAGAUCGCCGCCAUCGCCCAGGAGCUGAAUGAGCUGGACUACCACGAUGCUGCCACGGUCAACGGCCGCUGCCAGGGCAUCUGUGACCAGUGGGACAACCUGGGGACCCUGACCCAGAAGAGGAGGGACGCCCUGGAGCGUGUGGAGAAGCUGUGGGAGACCAUUGACCAGCUGUAUCUGGAGUUUGCCAAGAGGGCGGCGCCCUUUAACAACUGGAUGGACGGAGCCAUGGAGGACCUGCAGGACAUGUUCAUCGUCCACAGCAUCGAGGAGAUCCAGAGUCUGAUCACCGCUCACGACCAGUUCAAGGCCACCCUGCCCGAGGCCGACAAGGAGCGCAUGGCCACCAUGGGCAUCCACAACGAGAUCCUGAAGAUCGCCCAGACCUACGGCAUCAAGCUGUCGGGAAUCAACCCCUACACCAACCUCACCCCCCCGGACAUCAGCACUAAGUGGGACACCGUGAAGCACCUGGUGCCCCUCAGAGACCAAAUGCUCCAGGAGGAGGUGACCAGGCAGCAGGCCAACGAGAGGCUGAGGCGCCAGUUCGCUGCCCAGGCCAACAUCAUCGGGCCCUGGAUUCAAACCAACAUGGAGGAGAUCAGCCACGUGUCCGUGGACAUCGCCGGCUCCCUGGAGGAACAGAUGAACAGCCUGAAACAGUACGAGCAGAACAUCAUCAACUACAAGUCCAACAUCGACAAGCUGGAGGGCGACCACCAGCUGAGCCAGGAGUCCCUCAUCUUCGACAACAAGCACACCAACUACACCAUGGAGCACAUCCGCGUGGGCUGGGAGCAGCUGCUCACCACCAUCGCCAGAACCAUCAACGAGGUGGAGAACCAGAUCCUGACCCGCGACGCCAAGGGCAUCAGCCAGGAGCAGCUCAACGAGUUCAGAGCCUCCUUCAACCACUUCGACCGGAAGAGAAACGGGAUGAUGGACCCAGACGACUUCCGGGCCUGCCUCAUCUCCAUGGGCUACGAUCUGGGUGAGGUGGAGUUUGCUCGCAUCAUGACCCUGGUGGACCCCAACAACACGGGCGUGGUGACCUUCCAGGCCUUCAUUGACUUCAUGACCCGGGAGACCGCCGAGACCGACACCGCGGAGCAGGUCAUGGCCUCCUUCAAGAUCCUGGCCUCAGACAAGAACUACAUCACGGUGGAGGAGCUGCGCCGGGAGCUGCCGCUGGAGCAGGCCGAGUACUGCAUCAGCCGCAUGACCCGGUACAUGGCAGUGGACAGCCCGACCGGCGCCCUGGACUACAUCUCCUUCUCCAGUGCCCUCUACGGAGAGAGCGACUUAUAAGAAGGCCUUCUCUUCACCUCCUCUCAUCCCUUCUUCCCAGCUUCCCCCUAUUCCUCCUGUUCGGAGAGAGCGAUUUGAAACCCUUCCACUGUCCUCCUACAUUGUUCUUAUCAUCUUUUCCUCUUUAAAUCUUAACCUCUACUCCCCCCCCCCCCCCUGUCUACACUGAGAGGGUGAGAGUAGAAGACUCUGCUCAGAUCUGGACGGCCCCUCUUCUUUCGAAGCCUUUAGAGCGCCCCCGGAGGCCAGGCACUGCACUGCACUUAUGUAGGAGCGUACAUAAACCGACUUGUAGAUGUCACCAGAAGGUGGUGACGAGGGGAAAGAGGAAGAAUGGUGAGCUGAGCAGAGCCUCCUGCUCUCCGCCCUCUCGCUCUCACCUGAAGUAUUUUUGUAGAAGGGUAAUUAAAGAAGAACAUGUGAUGAAAAAGCUGGUUGUGCAGUUGGCUUGUUGGUUGUGUAUUUGUGCAGAUGCAUGUUAUGUUGAAGUUUAGAAAAGCUGUGAGUCUCAGAGUCUUGAAUCGUGUAAAACCCGUCGUCAGCAGAGGAGAGUCGGGUGUUCGAUUCCGGGCCACACCGAGGGGGCGUGAGCAGCAAGUCAGAGUUCUGGUUUGAUUUCUGUGUGUUCUGGAAUAAAGGUACUGAACCCGACGUGUGAGGCUGUGCAGCUCCUGGUUCUGUUAAAUACUUGUUCUUGUCAACAGAAUCGUGGAGUGCUUUUACUCUGGAACAGGAACAGGAAGUGCUUUGAUCCAUGAGUCUCUUCGUGGGCUCUGAACCGAGCUCGUGAACCCGGCUCAGUUUAGAACCUGAGACCUAAAGCUCGACUCCCUGCUCAGGCAGCCGGUGUGGCCCGAGCCCGACCUCCAUCACACUCUGAUAAAAACAUUAAGACAUCAAGUGGAACAUGAACAGUAGCAACUAUCCUCUCUAUCCCGGGGAUCUUAGAACCUUCAGGAGCAAACGGAGGAUGAAUGAGAGGAUCUAGAUUCUGAAGCACUGAGUGAUAAACGGAGAGAGAGCAAAGCACUGUGGGUAAUGUAGAGAAAAGUGAGGGCCGCGGCUCAGAAGGAAGACGGAGAGACAACGGUUGAGGCCGCAGAGGGACGUCCCACUCCUCUCCGGGGGAGGAGGGGCUUAGAGAGGGGGCGUGGACAGUGGGACAGACGGCAGGGCGUCAGGGACGUCGCGGACUGAAGAAUCGAACCUGUACGUGGGACCGUGGCCGACCCGGUCAGCGAGGGGCUCAUGGGUUUAAUGACAGGUCGGCCAUGAUUACAUCAGUGCGAGUUCUCCUCAUUCAUCUCCGUCCUUCAUCCUCGACUCACUGUUCAUCACUGACGCCACCAAAACCCACUUUCACCCCGUGCCACUCAAUACAACACAACUUGGAAUUAAACUUAUUAUUAAACACUU